AAGAUUUGCUUUCGUUGCGAGCUGCAUUUUCAUUCUCCCAUUCCAUUCUCUCUGCAUAUGCUGUUUUGAUUUUGCAAAUUUAGGAGGCUCGUCGGCUUCUUUGUUCUUCUUCCGUUAUUCGAAUCGCAUGGUUUUCCGGAUUUUAAAUUCGCCAUGGCCGCAAGGACCAGCUUCCAAAUGCCGAGGGAUUUCUUCUCUGCUUUGUUUUCUGCCUUCUCCGAAUGGUGUUUGAUCUUUGUCCUGUAUAUCAAUGCAUUAUUGUCGUUCGUCGCAACCAAGUUUGCUCGCUUCUGCAAAUUGCCAGCCCCAUGUCUUCUAUGUUCAAGGCUUGACCACAUUCUUGGAGAUGAUGAUCUGGGGUUCUAUAGGGAUCUAUUUUGCCAUGGCCACAAGGUGGAGAUUUCCUCAUUGGCUUAUUGCUGUGGUCACCUAAAGCUUGCUAGCUUCCAUGAAAUGUGUGAGAAUUGUCUCAAUUCAUCUGUCAUGGAGAAGAAAUUCAGCCUGGAGGCGUAUGGGGAGAAUGUCCAAUCGAAACUGGUUUCUUCUGCUGAUGGUGAUGGCUCACGGAAUAAGUCCUGUGAAGAUUUGGUGAAAGCCCCAUUGUUGAAGAAGGAUAUUGAAUGCGUGAGGCAAUGCUCAUGCUGCUUGCAGCCCUUCGGGAAUCGAUUAUAUGUGCAUCGGUUGAUUCAGAGCAAAAAAGUCAUAGGGGCUGAUGUUUCUGAAAUUGGCAGGAAAGGAUAUGGUCGAGUAUGUCAUCAAGAAGGAUUGAAAAAAAUAAGCGAAGAGUCUUCAAGGUUGUUGGCUGGUUAUAAUCCAUCAAAACAUGGCGAUGAUCGGUUGCCUCAUAUUGGAUACAGUGAGCUCAAGAUUACAUCUGACUCCGAGUCGGAGGUCCCAGUCUCCGAUGAUGAUGAUGGAAAUGUUUGGGUUCGUGGAACUGAAGAUCUCAAGGAGGAAAUUUUGGCUCGACAGCCACCAAGAAUCAUCAAUUCCAGGCAUUCACCUAACUUUGUUUCAGAUGAUAUGGUUCCUGAGAAGCUGAUCCAUCCCCAUCCUAUUACCCCUGAGCCUUCUCUUUCAGAUGCUCAGACAAAAACUAAUGCGCAUGACUCUCGUGAUGAGUCAUCUACAGGAUCUACUGAUGCUAUUGGGCAUGGUCUGGAGGAAAUUAAUUGGAGCCAGGUCAAUACGAUGACAGGUCCAAUCACAUCAUCUGAAAUUAUAUCAGAACAAGUCUUGACCAAUGUUUCAAAAGAAAAAUCUAACUUCAUGGAAAUUGGUCACACUGAAUGUGUUUCUGCUGGUUCCAAUGGGGAGGUUAUCAAGGUUCUGGGUUCCACUGGGAAGACAAGCCCAUUUACCAAUGACACUGAUUCAUCUGCAUGCUUGCGAGUUGUUCGAGGUAGUAGUUUCAAGAAUGCUCUUGGUAAUAAAGGAGGCCUGCUUUCUCCCAGAGUUUCUGAAAUAGUUGCAGGGAAGGAUUCUUCUAGAGCUCAUGAUGAACUGAAAUCACGGCUCUCACAAAUGUCUUCUUCUCUGGGGCUUGAGUUCUCCCCAAAUGAUAUUAAUUCCAGUCCAAGAGUAUCUGAUGCUUCUAGCUCAGCUGGAUUGCAGAAUAUUGCUAAGAGGAUCUCCAUUGAGAGAAAUAAUUCAUGGUUAGAGCCGUAUGAUAUAACUCUUGUUAGUGAAAUAGAGGGAGAAACUUCAACUGAACGCUUGAAGCGGCAGGUUGAGAUGGAUAGGAAGUCCAUGAGCCUUCUCUACAAAGAAUUGGAAGAAGAAAGAAGUGCUUCCGCAAUUGCAGCACAAGAAGCGAUGGCCAUGAUUAAUAGGUUGCAGGAAGAGAAGGCCACAAUGCAGAUGGAGGCUUUGCAAUAUCUAAGAGAGAUGGAAGAGCAGGCUGAGUACGACCAAGAAGCAAUCCAAAGGCUAAAUGAGUUGCUUACUGAGAGGGAGAAAGAAAUACUAGAUCUGGAAGCAGAAAUAGAAAGCUACAGGAAGCAGUUUGGAGAUGAAUCAUUGGAAGAAAAAGUUCUAGAACCAUUGGGUGGUUCAGAGGACCUGGCUGGUACAGGAGCUGUAAAGGAUCCAUUGUUGGGUUUUGAAGAUGAGAAGGCUUAUCUUUUAGAAUGCUUAAGGAGGUUGGAGAAAAAGCUUUGUCAGUUUCCUCAAAAUGCAGAUUAUGAAGAUGAAUCGAGACAGAGAGCAAAAGAGGAUGGCCAAUCUGAUAAAAAAGAUGAAAUUAAGAUUGACAGUGUGAACAAUAAACAAGGGCAUGCACUGUUACAAGAUGAUGCAGCCAGAAAUGGUCAGCAUUCUGAGGCUCAAUCAGGGGCCAAGGAGAUGGAACACCAUCAUAUGAAUGAUGAUAGGUCAGAAAAUGGUCAGAUGGGAGAGGAGAUUUCAUCAAAGAAAGAGUCAUCUUUAUGUGGGGAUUGUGCUGAAAAUGGAAUAUGUUUGAAUCCUGAUAACAAUAGUGAUAUAGUCUCUCUCGAGGAUGAAGUUUCAGACCUGAACAAGAGGGUGGCAGCACUUGAGGCAGAUCGAAAAUUCCUUGAGCACACUAUCAAUUCACUUAGAAAUGGAAAUGAUGGAGUACAACUUGUUCAAGAGAUAGCCUCUCAUCUACGUGAGUUACGAAGACUUGGGAUCACACGGAGAGAGCGGGUUGUUGCUUAAGCUUCCGUUGCCUCAACUAAGUGAAGGUGAUACAUAUUUAUUGUGAUAUUGCAUUAUUUCAGAUUCUCACUUCGAUGUGAAUCUGCCAAUUCUGUUCAGCUUGUCAAUUAUGCUGUGGUUUACCGCAACAAGGUGCACAGUCUUCAUUGCAUCAUAAUUCAUAUAUGUUAAUGAGGAUAGUGGAGUGUUGGAUAGAGCAAUAGCUACUUGAGCCUCACUGAGCCAGGAACGCUGCUUCGAGUUCUUUCAUAUUUUCACUCUGCAGUUUUGUAUCUUGGAUGACUUGUACCUUGUAAUCCUCCACUUUCUUAAGGGACUGACUACAGUGGUGAGGGUUACGAUUGGCUUUUACAUUAUAAAUGGUGAAAUGUAAAAUGUACUUAAUGUAACAUUGCUAACUACUUCAUCAUUAUAAAGAUUGGGUCUGAUAGCCUGUUAGCUGAUUUUCU